UGUGUGUGUGUGUGUCUCAUGUUUCCUUGUGUUAUCUGAUCCACAUCUCAUUUCUACAGUGAGAAGCUGAUCCUGCACAGCUCCGCAUCACGCACAACAAAGAGAUGCGCUGCCUGCUGACGACUCAGAGCCAGAACUGCUACCGGGAGCAGAUCCAGAAGGAGAUGUUGACCCGUUUGGCGUGGAAGAGCCGCUACGCCGACCUCUACCCGCCCUCCAGACCCACAAACACCAACACACACACACAGCUGCCCCUCCUGACCCCUGACCCCCACCUGACCCUCCAGCCUCCUGCUAGCAAGACGACCGAGAGGCAGAUCACCCUUCCUCCUCCUGCUGCUCCUGCUGCUCCUGCUCCUCCUGCUCCUCCUGCUCCUCCUGCUCCUCCUGCUCCUCCUGUGCUCCCCUGUGAGGAGGAGCGUCUCCUGGUGGCUCCCCUGAUGAGGCCAGUUUCUGCUCAGACCAGACUCGCUCUCUACCACGACUCCUCACACCACGGGAAGGGGCGGAGCCUCUACCUGCAGAGGCGUCGCCACAUCACACCUGAGGAGAAGUUUGACUUCCCCGUGCUGUCGUCCUGGGAGUACGGCUGGAGGCUCGGUGACUACACUCUGGAUUACAGGACGCCGUCUCGCGCCAAGUCGUCGGUGGUGAAGAACACGUUCUACGCCCGGAACGGCGUGUUCAGCAGCUCGUCCGCCACCGACACGCUGGGCUGAAGGUCACACGCCACGCUU